GAAGGUCUGCUAUAAAAGCUCCCACGCAAGAGAGACAAGCAUCAAACUGCAGCAAAACCUUUUAGGUACAAAAAGACGUGCAGUAAACUUUACCACAACCUUUCAUCCAAGAGCUGUGCACAGUUAACUGCAGGAAAUUCUUUCACGCGAAGAUACGCACCGUAAAACCUGGAAAGCAUCGAGAGUAGCGCAGCUUUCCAAGCCUCGCCAUGUUGCGGUGUGUAGUACUGAUGCUAGCAAUAGGAUGCUCCUACGCUGUGCAGAGAUAUAUGGUAAUAUCACCCGAUGUUUUCCAUGUGGGAGAACCUGAAAGAGUGUCAAUCGCCGUCUACGAUGUCCCCUCUCCUGUGACCGUCAAGGUCUAUUUGCAGGAUUAUCCGAACAGGCGGAAGACAUUCUCACAAGCACAAGCCGCAUUUGCUAAAGAUAAUCCUGGUUACCUGACAGUCAAGGUGGACCCCGCUGACCUACCUGACCAGGGCUCACAAGACAAGCAAUACGUGUACCUAGUGGCCCAAUGCGAUGAUCCGAAACUAAAGUUCAAGAAAGAAGUCAAAGUGUUGCUGAGCUACAGGGAUGGGGUCAUACUUAUUCAAACAGACAAACCCAUCUACACGCCGGACCAAACAGUCAAAUUCCGUGUGAUUCCACUAGGAUUCGACCUGAAGCCUUCAGCAAAGAAGGUGAAUGUUGUUGUGAAGAAUCCCCAAAAUAUCCGUGUUCAACAGUGGAACUCCAUGUCGACCUCCACGGGAUUCAUCUCCGAGACCAUCAGCCUCGGUUCUUUCGCCAUGCUCGGGAACUGGACAGUGGAGGCUUUCUACGGUCACGGGUUUGUGCAUAACACGUCGACGCAGUUCGAAGUUCGGGAGUAUGUGCUUCCAAGAUUCUACGUCAAAAUUCAGCGACAUCCGCUGAAGAAUUACAUUCUGAGGAAAACAACCCAUUAUCCAAUUUCUAUCAGUGCAAGGUACACAUACGAUAAGCCAGUCGAGGGGCCAGUCAACGUAAGACUGUCUAUUGUGGGAAGAAAACAGGAAUCCAAGCUGCUCAUGGACGUAACUACAAUUCUGAAUGAUGGUAGCUGUAGCCUCAAUUUCAAGCCUGCCAUUAUAAAGGAUCUACCAGACAAAAACCUGUGGUUCCCGGACGGCUUCCGGCUCCAGAUCGAGGCUACGGUCAUCGAAAAGGCGACAGGGCUCAGGGAGAGCGUGACUGACAACUCCAUUCACUUUACCACCACGCCGUUUGUCAUCAAGUACCAGGAAACUGCCGAGUACUUUAGACCAGGCCUACCUUUUCCUGUCAAGGUCAAGGUAACUUACCCUAAUGGGGUACCCGCGGUUAGAAUCCCGAUGAAGCUAAGCGCCAAGGCCACCAAGCGUGACGGUAAAGAGGUCGACGUGGGGCUGAUGGCUAAUGCGGCCAACAUGGACCAGACCGGACCGGAAGGAAAGGCCGAGUUUAUUGUCGACAUACCACGUGAUGUUGCUACACUCAGAGUCAAGGUGAGGACCGAAGAAAAAGACGUCCAGCCCGAAGAGAACGCGGUGAAAGAGUUAAUCGCGCGUGCGUACACGUCUCAAUCCGGGAACUUCCUCAUGGUCAGACAGCUGAGAAAGGCCACGGUUGGCAAGAAUAUCAUCUGUGAGGCAUUUCUCAACAGCAAGGACGUGGAUCGCCUCACUUACGCGAUCAUCGCACGCGGUAAAAUCCUCCACCAAGACACCAUUGUUCGUGAGUUUGGUAUCGUUACCACUAUACGGUUUCGCGCCACAGCAAUGAUGUCACCAUCAGCUCGGCUGAUUGGUUACUAUAUCUCCAAGACAACCGGUGAAGUGGUGACAGACAGCAUCCUAUUGGAUGUGGAAGACGAACUGCCAAACAAGGUCAGACUCAGGGAUGCCGACACAGGCGUACAGACGUUUCCCGGUACUGAUUAUGAGAUCACUGUGUUCGGGGAGCCUGGUACGAGGGUAGGAUUGUUGGCCGUUGACAUGAGCGUGUAUCUGCUGAGAAAUGACAACAGACUCACUAAAGACAGCGUGUAUAAGAAGCUGGAGGAGCUCGACCUUGGCUGUGGCGUGGGAAGCGGCAAGGACAGCAAGGACGUUGUCAAGAAUGCAGGCGCUGUUAUGAUGUCUGGAACUAUUGUCAGUGAUGGCCGACAAAACUAUGGCUGCGAAGCUGCUGUGGAGCGAAGAAAAAGGCGUUCUCUUCCAAUUCUUCAAGAAAUGAACAACACGUGUUGUGCGCUUGGCAAGGAACCUGGCGAUAAAGGGGUUGGGUGUGUCCGCAAACUGCUCCAGUUUGAUUUUCUCACGGAUAAGGUAUCCCCAUGGAUAAGGCCGACGGAGCUCAAACAGUGCUACAAGACUUUCAUUUACUGUUGCCAAGCCCGCUACGGCAAAUCAGAUAUGGGUUUGUUGGCGAGGAGCAUGGACUUUGGCGAUUUCGGUCCCAGCGACGAGGAAUUAAUGGAAAACUCACAAGUCCGCACCUAUUUCCCCGAAACUUGGAUCUACCGAGAGGAACAGAUAGGUGCUGAUAGACAGUCCCGCGUCUUCGCCACCAUUCCUGACACAAUCACCACGUGGGUAGUACAAGCCGUUGCAGUGUCUAACUCAACUGGCCUUGGGAUUGCUAAGCCGUUACAUCUGAAGGCGUUCAAGUCGCUGUUCGUACACCUCACCCUCCCCUACUCAGUACAAAGAGGCGAGCAGAUACAAGUGUUGGCCACGGUCUAUAACUAUCACGCCAAACAACUAAGGAUGAAUUUGUACCUUGUGGGUCAUGAAAAGUUUUGUAGCAAGGUGAAGCCCCGUGCCCGACAGUUGAUCGAGCGAUUCACCAUGAAAGCCCAGAGUUCUCAGACCGUCUCCAUCCUUAUUCUACCCAAGGAGAUCGGGCUUAUUCCUAUCCAGGUGUUUGCGGUCAGUGCCCUGGAAAGCGACAGCGAAUCCAGAAAUCUGCUUGUUGUGCCCGAAGGUGUGGGGCAGAUCAAGACGCAAUCGUUCGUCCUCGAUCCAGCAGGUGUUCUGAAGGACAACCAACAGAUUGGCGAGCGCGCCGAAAAUAAAAACGGGACGGCUUUCAAGAGCAGGUUGUUUGAUGUCCAAGAUGGCAAGAAAAAGCAGAUAGAUAACAUUCUUUUGGAAGUCCCGAAAACCGCAGUUCCAGGUUCCGUUGGGGCAUUUUUGGCUUUUACAGGGAACUUAAUAGGCCCUGUUGUAACCAACCUCAUAAAUGGCGGACUUGAUAAGCUACUGCGCAUGCCAACCGGGUGUGGCGAGCAAACCUUGAUCUAUAUGUCACCUAAUGUCUAUGUUCUGGAAUACUUGUCAAACACACACCAAGUGACGGCUAGCGUCGAGGCGAAGGCAUACAAGUUCAUACAACAAGGCUACCUACGAGAGCUGAAUUAUAGGCGAAAUGAUAAAUCCUUUAGUGCGUGGGGUAACAGGCACCCUGGGAGUACAUGGCUCACAGCGUUCGCGAUGAAAGUAUUUUGCAAGGCUAGUAAGUUUGAUGGCGUUCAAAUCGACUCCAGUCUUGUUUGCGACUCCGUUGGCUGGCUUGUACAGAAUCAGCGUGCAGAUGGGGCCUUCCCAGAGGUCCAUGCGGUCAUUCACCGUGAGAUGGUGGGAGGGGUCUAUCAAAGUGACGUUGCUAUGACAGCAUUCGUGGUAACAACACUACUCGAGUGUAGCUGUAACAACGUGAUCAACACGGCGGCCAUUUCCCGAGGUGUCACUUACUUGGAGAAGGCUAUCCCACAAGUCAAUGGGCCCUAUGUGCUAUCCCUAACAACGUACGCGCUGGCCUUAGCCAACAGCCCAAAGAGAUACGAGGCGAACACGAAACUUGCCAACAUGGCCUUAUAUAACCAAAUAAAAUCCACUCGUCAUUGGAACGCUGGAGGGCAUGCUCUUAAUAUCGAAACCGCAAGCUAUGCACUGCUGGCUCAGAUGGCUUUGAACAAGCUCAAGUACGCAGGUCCAAUAGUGGUGUGGCUGACAGAACAGAAAAACUCGGGCGGGGGAUUCAAGUCAACAACGGAUACCUGUGUUGCUCUGCAAGCGCUGGCCAAAUACAGUGAGCAGACUGCUGGCUCACAGCUCGAUCUAACCGUGAGCCUUCGAUCCGAAAUCGGCGGUCUUAACAGAAAGAUUAGAAUCAACAAGAAAAACGCCCUACUACAACAAAAAAUUGACAUGUUCGACUAUCUUGGAGGCAACAUCUUUAUUGAUACCUUAGGCACAGGUGUGGCCCAGAUGCAAGCUGAGGUCCGGUACAAUGUCCCAUCAGCGAAGAAAGACCGAUGUGACUUCGCACUGUCUAUUCGCGUCACCGAGGACGGGACAGGGAAGACUCUGUCUGCCCUUCCUCAAGGGGACGCCGCUCCUUCCGCCAUGAGACGUAAUGGUAAGAAGAACAAGAAGAAUAAGAAGUGCAAACAUGGGAAACGAAAGAACGGAAAGUGUAGGAAACGCCCAAAGAAGGGCAAGGGAAAGAAAGGGAAGAAGGGAAAAAAAGAUAAGAAUGAGAAGCAACAGAAGAUCCAAGAAGUGAACUCACUGCGCAUCAACGUUUGCACAAGAUAUAAAAAGGCUGGAAAGACAGGAAUGGCUAUAAUCGAUGUUGGUGUGUUCACUGGGUUUGCAGUGGAUGAACGCUCACUGAAAGAGCUGCAGAAAAAGAUGGAAGGAAGCAUUGGGAAAUACGAGAUCUCAGAAAGAUCAGUCGUGUUUUAUAUUAAUGAGAUCCGUAAUGACCGCGACUUGUGCGUCGCGUUUAACGUGACUCGGGUGUUCGAAGUCGGCACCGUUCAGCCUGUCCCCGUCAAAGUGUACGACUAUUACGAGCCUGACGACGCUUGUAUGACGUUCUACGGAGCUAACGAGAACAGCGCACUACGCAUGGGCAUCUGUAACGAAGAGGAAUGCCGCUGCUUACAAGAUAAAUGUACCCCUCGAGACCCGACCGAUGGAGAUCUCAGGAGUCUUGUCUGCAAAAACAACUUCUACGCAAUCAAAGCAAAAGUUCUCUUGGUGGAUGAGGACAGAAGUAUGCUAACAUACACGGUUCAAGUGCUAGAGGUGUAUAACGCAGGGCGACAGAAGGUGAAUAAAGGCAACAUUAUCGAGCUCAAGAAACAGGGGUCUUGUCGGGAGCCGAAUAUGAACAAAAUGGAAGAAUACUUCAUUGCCGGCUCAGGCAAGGGCGGGGUCUACAGCAUCGAUAGCAGCGUGUACGCGGCGCGCUGGACGAGACAAAACGAUAAGAAGCUGAAGAAACUGGCGUCUAGGAUUGAUGGGUCGUGCGCAAAAUAGAGUGUGAACUUGUUACAUAGUGCGUGCUUGUAUAAUGUGGACGUGUAUUUAUAUAGCGUGUAAAGAGGGACGGGAAUUCAGGUGCGACGUACACCUCUUCGGAUCGAUUUUCUUUAAUAAAAAAAACGUAUUUAAGCUAAAAUCUAAAAUACAAAUUAACGUCCAACAAUACCUUUUUAAUACUGGUGGAUGCCCCCCUCCCCCCCCCUCCCCCCAACGGAAUGUCGCCCCUCCUCAUUCGAGCUCCUAGUUUUGCCCAUAUACGUGUACAAUGUUAAUAAGUUUUACACGACAUAGUCACAGCAGUAAAAGAGCAUUGUGGCCGAAUCGAUAUUAUUUGCUUAGGGAAGAGUAAAUUCGUACAGUAUACAAGAAUGUUACCUAUUAUAUGUACUCCACAUAGAUGGCAGAGUAACUUAACGAGUAAAUUAAGCGAAACUAAAUUCAAAAGGCUGUAACUCUAAAUAAACGUUUGAAUUAAUGUUUCCCAA